AACAGGCUGCUCUGCCGGGACUGCAGGCGGCGGCUCGGAGCUCCGACUGCGGGCGGCGCUUUGGGGCUUGGGGAGUGGAGGCCAGGCAGGGCGGCAUGGGGCUGGCGGCUGAGCGCCCCUUCGAGCCCCGCGGCUGCUGGUUCUACCUGCGCUACUUCUUCCUCUUCGCCUCACUGACACAGCUGCUGGUCAUCCUGGGCCUGGUGCUCUUCAUGGUGUACGGAAACCCGCACGCGGCCACCGAGGCCAACCUGCGGGCCACGCAGGGCCGGGCCGAUGCGCUGUACGGGCAGGUGCAGGACCUGGGUGCCCUGCGCGCCAACCUCAGCCUGCAGCUCAACCUCACCGCCCAGGCCCGCGACGCCAUCAUGCAGCUGCUGCUGGGCGCCCGCCGCGACCUGGACCGCAUCAACGCCAGCUUCCGCCAGUGCCAGGGCGAGGUGGUCAACUACAGAAACAACGAGGAGUUUGUGGUCGCGGUGGUCCUGAGUGAACAGCGGUGCCUGGAGGAGCUGAAGGAGGGAAACAAGAGCUGCGAAGCCCUGCGGCACAAGCUGGAGGCCCGCGCAGGCGCGCUGGAGGCGGAGCUGGCGCGGGCGCGCGUGGCGGGCGCGCAGGAGCGCGCGGCGCUGGAGGAGGCGCAGCGCGCGGCCGCGGAGCAGCUGGCGCAGUGCGCAGGCGCGCGCGAGCGGCUGCAGCAGGAGGCGCGGCGCGCCGAGGAGCGGCUGCGCACCGUGCAGGGCCUGUGCCUGGCGCUGGACAAGGACAAGUUCGAGGCCGACCUCCGCGCCCUGUGGCGGGACUCCAUCAUCCCGCGCACGCUGGACACCCUGGCCUUCGGGUACCACUCGCUGGGCACCGAGCUGGCCGCCGUGCGCCGCAGCUGCGACCUCCUGCCCGGCCUCAUGGCCACCAAGGUGGACGAGCUGGCGCGGGGCCUGCGCGCGGGCAUCGAGCGCGUGGCCCGCGAGAACGCGGAGCUGGAGCGCCAGAAGCUGGCGGCCGAGCAGGACCUGCGGGCCGGCCUGGAGGCCCAGGCGAAGGCAGACAAGGAGGCGCAGGCCCGCGAGGCCCGGCUGCGGGACGAGUGCGCGCAGCGCGCCCAGCGCGCCCUGGAGGAGAAGGCGGCGCUGCAGGCCGAGCGCGACCGCCUGGCCCGCGAGCUGGAGGCGCGCAGGCGCGAGGUGGACCAGCUGAAGAUGCAGGUGGCCUUCCGGGUGGACGCCCUGGACACCUGCCUCAAGGCCAAGACCCCGCCGGUGGUCCUGCCAAGACCCGUAGCCCCCGCCCCCCAGCCGCGACCCAUCGACCCAGCCAGCCUGGAAGACUUCAGGAAGAAGGUCCUGCAGUCCUACCGGCCUCCUGCAGCCCCCGCCAGGGCUUGAAUUCUGGGCCUGGGCGCUGUCCCUCAGCUCUUCAGCUCAAGUGGCUGAGGAACCCCGCAGGGCCAGGGCCGCCCUCCCUGGAUCCGAUCCCGUGACCACAUCGCGAUGGCCAUGACGUCAGCAGCAGACACAGCCUCCGCGGUGCGCCCUCACACGUACCUCCCCCCACCCCUGCUGCACAGCCCCGUCCCACCCCACCCCCAGCUUCCUUAUCUCCCGGGCCUGGUGGGGAGGCGAGAACAGGAAGCCAUUGGCUUCCACCUCCUCCAGUUUCCAGGCCCUUCUUGAAGGUUUCCAGGCUCCCCCUUGAGAGUUUCCAGAACCCCUUGCCAGGAGGAUCUGGUCUGGCAUGAGGGUCUCAGAGGAGCCCUGAGGAACCUCCCUCCUCCCAGCACUUAAUAAACAGUAGCAAAUCCCUUA